AUGCCGAAAGAUACUAUGAACCUGAAGGAACUCCCCAAGGCCAUCCAGUAUAACCCUCGCACUCACAGGGCUUUCCUCUUUGGGGGCACCUCCGUCAGGGUGGUCAGACUUUUUACAGUGCAACUAAGGGCCAAGGGGGUGAACACAAAGAGUGAGGCCUAUAAGACUGAGACGCUGAAGUUACUCUCUUGCCACACUGACCACAUCCCAUUGGUCAAACCAAGGAGAUGGGUCCCAAAGAAGGGGAAUGCCUAUUUCCCUUUUGAUGAGAGGAAUGGCUGGCUGGUGGAGGAAUGGGAACAAUACGACUUUGCAGAGGAGGAGGAGGUGCAGUCCUUCGGCUACAAGCGGUUUGGUAUUCAGGAAGGAACACAAUGUACAAAAUGUAAAAAUAACUGGGCACUGAAGUUUUCCAUCAUAUUAUUAUACAUCUUGUGUGCCUUGCUAACAAUCACAGUAGCCAUUUUGGGAUACAAAGUUGUAGAGAAAGUGGACGCGGUCACAGGGGGCGUGGAGACCUCUCGCCAAACCUACGAUGAUAAGCUCACCGCAGUGGAGCGCGACCUGAAAAGAUUAGGGGAUCAAACUGGAAAGAAAGCUAUCAGCACCAACUCAGAGCUCUCCAACUUCAGAUCAGACAUUCUGGAUAUCCGCCAACAGCUUCGGGACAUUACAGAGAAAACCAGCCAGAACCAAGAGACGCUGGGGAAGUUGCAGGCAAAUGAGGACUCGCUGGUGGAUAGGCAGAGUCAACUGAAAGAAACUUUGGAGAAUAACUCUUUCCUCAUCACCACUGUCAACAAAACCCUGCAGGCGUAUAACGGCUACGUCACGAAUCUGCAGCAAGACACCAGUGUGCUUCAGGGAAAUCUACAGAACCAAAUGUAUUCUCAUAACGUGGUCAUUAUGAACCUCAACAACCUGAACCUAACCCAGGUGCAGCAGAGGAACCUGAUCACCAAUCUGCAGCGGUCUGUGGAUGACACCAGCCAAGCUAUCCAGCGAAUCAAGAACGACUUCCAAAAUCUGCAGCAGGUAUUCCUUCAAGCCAAGCUGGACACGGAUUGGCUGAAGGAGAAAGUGCAAAGCUUGCAGACUCUGGCUGCCAACAACUCUGCCUUGGCCAAAGCCAACAACGACACCUUGGAGGACAUGAACGGCCAGCUCAACUCAUUCACAGGUCAGAUGGACAACAUUACCAGUGUCUCCCAAGCCAAUGAGCAGAACCUGAAAGACCUUCAGGACUUACACAAGGAUGCCGAGAACAGGACAGCCUUCAAGUUCAGCCAACUAGAGGAGCGGUUCCAGAUCUUUGAGACGGAUAUUGUGAAUAUUAUUAGCAACAUCAGUUACACAGCCCACCACCUGCGGACACUGACCAGCAACCUGAAUGAGGUCAGGACCACUUGCACAGAUACCCUGACCAAACACACAGAUGACCUGACCUCCUUGAACAAUACACUGGCCAACAUUCGUUUGGAUUCCGUUUCUCUCAGGAUGCAGCAAGAUAUGAUGAGGUCCAGGUUAGACACUGAAGUGGCGAACUUAUCAGUGAUUAUGGAAGAAAUGAAGCUAGUGGACUCCAAGCAUGGGCAGCUCAUCAAGAAUUUCACAAUACUACAAGGUCCUCCAGGUCCCAGGGGUGCCAAAGGUGACAGAGGAUCACAGGGACCUCCUGGCCCAACAGGCAACAAAGGACAGAAAGGCGAGAAGGGAGAGCCGGGCCCACCAGGCCCAGCCGGCGAGAGAGGCCCAAUCGGACCUGCUGGCCCCCCUGGAGAGCGUGGCGGGAAAGGCUCCAAAGGCUCACAGGGCCCCAAAGGGUCCCGUGGGUCCCCUGGGAAGCCUGGCCCUCAGGGCGCCAAUGGGGACCCAGGACCCCCAGGCCCAAUGGGCAAGGAUGGACCUCCUGGCCCCCAGGGACCUCCCGGCUUCCAGGGCCUUCAGGGCACUGUUGGGGAGCCCGGGGUGCCUGGACCCCGAGGGCCUCCAGGCUUACCAGGGGUGCCUGGUCUGCCUGGCUCCAGAGGUCUUCCUGGGCCCCCUGGCCCAUCAGGAGCAGCUGUACCCCUGGCCCUACAAAACGAGCCAACCUCAGCACCCGAAGCCAAUGGCUGCCCUCCGCACUGGAAGAACUUCACAGACAACUGCUACUAUUUUUCUGUUGAGAAAGAAAUUUUUGAUGAUGCCAAACUUUUUUGUGAAGACAAGUCUUCACAUCUUGUCUACAUAAACACAAGAGAGGAACAGCAAUGGAUCAAAAAGCAGGUAGUAGGGAGAGGUAGCCACUGGAUCGGCCUGACCGACGCGGAGAGUGAAAGUGAAUGGAAGUGGCUGGACGGGACAUCCCCGGAGUACAAAAAUUGGAAAGCUGGACAACCAGAUAACUGGGGCCAUGGCCACGGGCCAGGAGAGGACUGCGCUGGGCUGAUUUACGCUGGGCAGUGGAACGACUUCCAGUGUGAAGACAUCAAUAACUUCAUUUGCGAAAAAGUCAGAGAGACAGCACUAUCAUCUGCAUUAUAAUGGGCUAUGAAGUAAUAACAGGAGCAAAGUUUCAGAUGGCUUCCAAAACCAGAGGAUACUCCUUUCUCGUCAAAUUGAAGAAAAGCACUGAAAACCAAGUACUGAAAAUAUUGACAGCAGUGUGUAUUACCAUGUACUAUUACCCAAGGACAUGGGAGUGAAAUAGUUCUCCCAGCGUGAUACGUUGAUUAUCAGUGUACAGAUGGACUGACUCAAAUACAUUUUUGUCAGCCAGUAACCAUUCCAAUUCUGCAAGUUCUACCUUCCAUCGUAUGGAAUGCUCCAGUCUGGAAAGGACUAAAGAACUAAAACAUAUCACUGGGUAAACAGUACCUUCCAUUUCUGAAAAUCCCCAACGUAGGAAAAAUAUACAGACAUACAGAUAUAUAGUCCAACUCUUAGUAAUAUGAAAUAUACUUAAAGAGCUUUUAAAACUUUGUAUUUUUGUACAAAAUAUUUUCUUUUUACAAUCUUUCCCUUUUUUGCCAUUUUAUCAAUCUAAUACAUGGAACCAAAGAAAAACAUAAUGGUACUAAUAAGUAGGGUUUCUUAUCAGAUUGCAUUAUACCCAAAGGCAGAGAAUUUUUUCAGUUGUGGUUUUAAAAAGUCAUUAAAUAUAUUUGUGUGUGUGGCUAUUUUAAUGUAUCAUUUCCUCUGAGGAGUCCAAUCCCUUGAACUGUUAGAAAUAUCUCUGCAAAUUUUGCCAGUGUAGGUCAUGCCUUGGCACACACAUGACUCAGCCACGCAGACAGUGAGCACAACACCCACCAGGGCUCUGGCUGUGUGCCCGGCCAGCCCCGGAAAAUGUGGUCAAGUUGAGGAGGUGCUUUUACUUCAUCUAGGAGGAGUUGGGUGUAGAGAGGACCAGAUUACUUGACUCUGGUGAUCUCGAAGAAUCUGUUUUCCUAUUGCAGUCUGAAUAUACAUGGUGUCAGACCCAGAUCGUUAACUGUCAGGACAAUACGGUAUCAUACCAGCCAACGGCAAGAGGCAUUAAAAAGAUGGGAACCAGCCAUGAGCUACCAAGAAAGAUUGGUUCCUGAAGUCAGGUUUCAAGAAUGCCAAGGCACAGGCAGUAUGAAAUGCAAGAACACAUUCUGGCCACUGGUUUGGACCCUUACAAAGACUCUGAGCCCAUCUUCCUUCUACUCUUUGACUUGCCAUUGAAAAAAAUCUAAGGUGAAAUGUGUUGAAAAUAGACAUUAGCUGUAACUGAUGCUCAAAAGUCAGAUUUCCAUCCAAGCUCCUCCUCCCCUCCCAAGAAACUCCCCAGGCAAGUGCUGCUACCUAUCUCAAAUCAAAUGGUAAAAAAAUAAAGAAUGAGUUUGAAUUUCA